UUUUUUUUCUUUUCAAAAAAUUCUAACCUUGAGGAAACAAUGUGUACAAUGUUAAUGAACUUUUAAUUACGUGAGAGGGAAAAUUCUUAAAUGUGCAUAAGAAUUUAUGCAAAUUUUCUUUUACCGAUUUUAAUUUCACGAUAUAUAACAACUGAACAUACAAGAUAGAAUUUGUGCAACUUUAUCAGAAAAAUGGUUUCGGUUAUUUUAUUGUUUAUCACAUUUAUUGCAACAAUUAGGACCCAACAGUUUCAUCAACACAUGUCCGAUGUGGAAUUGAAAGAUAUUUUCCAAAUUAGUCACACUUCAGAAAUUCCACAUUAUGAACUUGUUUCUGUAAGGCAUAAAAUUAAUAAAAGUGCAGAUCAAAUAAUUGAAGCUCAAAUAUCAAGUCAAAAGAAAACACUCUUUUUGAAUCCAACCGAAGGGGUUUUGGCGGGAAAAAAUACGAAAAUUUGGCUGGGUAAAACAAAAAAAAUCGAAGAGGAAUCAAUAACUGAUCUGAAAUUCAAAUUAAUUACAAAUGUAAUGGAAGAUGUUGGGGAAUUUUUUCACGACCUAAAUAAUGGAGCAGCUUUAAGAAUGAGAAGAGAUGCAAAUGGUCAUACACUAUGGGAUGGAACUUUUGGUCCAGAACACAUGAUACGUUCCCUGCCUGAACGUCAUCGAAAAAAUUGUACCCUCGUUCCAUGUAAUUUUAAAUUAUUCGAGAAGGACAAAGAUGAUUUUUUAACCACCUAUCAUCACAUUAUUUAUAAAAUAGACGAUAUUUUGGGCGAAAAUAAUGAGACACAGUAUUAUACCCUACCAAUGGAAAUUUAUUCUGGACCAGCAGAAGUUGUAUAUCCUGAAAUACUGGUUGUAGUCGACGAAGGACUUUUUAGUAAAUUCGAUGGAAAUGUUAAGAAUGCAGUCAGCUACCUUCUAACAUUCUGGAAUGCAGUGGAUUUGCGGUACAGAAAUCUCAACAGUCCGAAAGUGCGAUUAAAUAUUGCAGGAAUUGUUUUAAUGGAGGGACCUCUUGAAUAUUCGAAUGGUUAUCUAGAGGAAAAUGGAAAUAAAAGUUACUUAUUGAACCUACUUUUGCCACAAACUGGCUUCUAUUUUAUUCAUAGAUGGGCCGCAGUUAAUGAAGCAUACUUCGACAUGGUCGUUCUUACCACUGGACAUCGACUUUUGAAUCAGAUUCAAAAUAAUGUUACAAGAAAAGAUGAAGGUGGAGCAUACUUUCAAGGAGCGUGCAAUUUUACCUACUCUAUUGCUGUGGGAGUUUUUCGUGACAAUGGAGGUUUUCAAGGAUUAACUUCCGGUUCUCAUGAAGUUGGCCAUCUUAAUUUUUUUUCUAGAUUAGGUGCACCACAUGACAUUGAUUAUACGGAUGAUGAUUGUAAAUGGGAUUUAGGAUACAUGAUGAGCUAUGUAAAUGGAUCGGAGAGGAGAGUUAGACUGAAUCGUUGCAAUCAACGACAAAUGCGAGAUUUUCUAAAUUCGGAUAAAGCACUCUGCCUUCGGAAUCCACCCUUCACGGACGAACCAAUAGAAAAAAUUUUGCCAGGCAAAUUAAUGACACUAGACGAACAGUGCAUGAAAAAAACAGGACAUUCAUCUUGUGAUUAUGGCGAAAAACAUUGUGUUCAAUUGCACUGCAAAGAAAUUAAAGACAAUAAGGAGAUUUGUUCUGCUUUUGAACCGGCAGCAGAGGGAUCGACAUGUGGAAAUAAAAAGUAUUGUUUGAAUGCAGAGUGCGUUGACGAAUCAGCAGAAAAUGUUCCUAAUUUAUUUACCUAUCUUGAAUAGAACCAGGAGAAUAAUUUAUUUCAUCGAAAGUCAC